AUGACAUCUCGUGACGGUUUUCAAUGGACCUCUGAAAGUGGUCUUGUCCAGGGCGUUCCUUCAAUUGGUGUAAUCUCUCCAUCAUCCAACAUCUCUUCGAAAUUUGGCCCAUGGGAUGCUAUCGUUGUUGGUGCUGGGUACUCAGGCUUGACAGCAACUCGAGAUUUGUGUCUUGCAGGUCACAAAGUACUCCUCGUGGAAGCCCGUGACCGUAUCGGUGGCCGAUCAUGGUCAUCCAACAUUGGUGAUUAUCCAUUUGAAAUGGGAGGCACAUGGGUACACUGGGGGCAGCCUCAUGUGUGGCGCGAGAUAUCAAGAUAUCAGAUGCGAAAUGAGUUGGAGGGUUCGUUUGAUUUCUCCCGCGGAGUUAACCACUUCCAACUUCGCACCAAUCAGGGCGACGAGAUCAUGAGUCACGAUGAGGAGGAUGUUCUUCUUGCUGCUGCACUGGGAAAGUUUGUCAAUGUUGAUGGAGCGAUGGGGCGGAAGAUCAUCCCUUACGCCCACGACGCAUUCCACGUCCCAGAAGCGCGCCAGUAUGACAAGCUCUCGGCCGCAGACCGUUUGAAAGAUAUAUCUCUAUCGCUCACACCAAACGAGCGUUCCGCUUUGGAGAGCUUCAUUUUGCUCUGUAGCUGCGGUACCCUUGAAACAACGAGUCUGUUUGAGUUCCUGCACUGGUGGGCUUUGUGUGGCUACACAUACCAAGGAUGCAUGGACGCAUUGAUAUCCUACAAAUUCAAAGGCGGACAAUCAUCCUUUGCUAUCAAGUUUUUCAAGGAGGCUCUCGCAACCGGGAACUUGUCUUAUGUUUUCAACAGCCCUGUUCAGUCGAUCAACGACCAGGGAGAUAAGGUCACCUUGAAAACCCGCGAUAGUCGGCAAUAUACUGGCGCUCGCCUGAUCUCCACCAUCCCACUAAAUGUCUUGAACACAAUCUCAUUUGACCCUCCAUUGGAUGCGCAACGCGCUUCUGCGGCCAACAUUGGUCAUGUCAACCAGUGUGUUAAGGUUCAUGCCGAGAUUUCUAAUAAGGAUAUGCGAUCUUGGACGGGGAUUGCUUAUCCUUUCAACAAACUUACCUAUGCAAUCGGUGAUGGCACUACUCUCGCUGGUAACACCCAUGUUGUUUGCUUUGGCGGGUUCCACAAUCAUAUCCAACCAGAAGAGGAUAUCAAUGAGACAAAGAAGGCCGUUGAAAGCAUGGCGCCUGGAAAGAUGGACAUCAAGCGGUUGGUGUUCCAUAACUGGUCAAAAGAUGAAUUUGCGAAGGGUGCUUGGUUCUUUUCUCCCCCUCAGCUGAUGUCCACUUCCUUGGAAGCACUACGAUCUCGCCACGGCAAUGUAAUUUUUGCCAAUUCUGAUUGGGCUGUUGGAUGGCGUAGCUUCAUUGAUGGGGCUAUUGAAGAAGGGACCCGCGCAGCAAUGACUGUUACGGAAGAUUUACGAAGAAUUACUACUUCUAGAUCACGUCUAUAG